UUUAUGUUUAUGACAGUUAAGUAUUUAUUUUGAAAUUAUUUUCAAAAAAUCAAGCUUUUAUUUAAAAAGUUUAUACUUGAAAGUUACAACGUUAUUUGAUGCUGUGAAGCUGUUUUUAUGAAUCCAGUACAUAGUUUAUAAAUUUAUUAUUGUUCAUCAUGGAAGUUAAUCCUGCUGAAACAUCAGAAUUACUAAUCAGUAAUACAGAUCCUGCAAGCUUUGAUGUAACGGUAGGAGCGUUAUUAAUUGGAGUAGGUGCUGAAAAAUACAUACCAAUAUUCAGAAAACACAACAUUGGGCAAUGUACACUUAUGGAAUUGAAUGAUGAAGAUUUAAUAAAACUAGGAAUUGAUGAUAUUGAUAUACGAAAGAAGUUGAUUGAUGAAGUGAAGAAUUUACCAAUUUAUCGAGAACAAUCUAAUAACUUAUGUAAUACAGAACCUAAUUUGGGGCCUUUGGAAAUAAUACAAGUACUUGAAGAAAGCUCCCAGCAUUUGUACAGAUUGCACUUAAGUAUGAUGGCAAACAACAUUUCACUAAAGAAAUCUAAGAGAGUGACGGAUUGUUUGAUACAUCAAGACAUAUAUGCAUCUGAUGUGUGCCUCUGUACAUUGAGCCAUAUGAACAAUUUAUUAAAUUCUAUGGAGUUGGCAUUACAUACAAAAUUUAAGAGUUUGUCUUCAAAAUCGUCUGAGAGAAGAAAUAAAAAGAUACUCGUCGGUGCGUUUGGAACCAUAGCUGUUGGUGUGCUGUCGGUACUUUUCAUCCGUUCCUUAAAGCACAUGUAGGUUCCUAGAUUUAGAGUAAGAAACCAAAUGUUACCUCCAUUGAAGUCAACAUAUCAGAUCACUGUAAUGUGUUUAUGAAAAACAUGUUUCUAUUUGUACAUAAAACUUGUAAGACCCAAUAUUUGUUAAGAUUAUAGUUUCUCAGUCAACGUGAUAAUGAACAUUGAGCAAUGUGAAAAUUGUUGUUACAAAAUGAUUGUUGAAUAAAGAGUUUUAUAUGGAAAAAU